ACUCUUCCAGGACAACAUAAUAACACCGCGAUGUCCGCGGUCGGUAUGGGAAAACUUAUCGACGCGCGGUCGGGUCGAUCGAUAACUCGAGAAGGCCAUCUGGAUUACGAACCGAGGCGAAACUUCGUUUCCAACGUGCACAUAACCGUGUGUAUAUAACCACGGUAUAGAAAUGCUCGCGCACCAGUUGCAUCCGUGUGAACGUGGAAAGCGUACGAAAAAGAGGCGCGCUAUUGUAGGAUUACGCCGUUGUGUCGCGUCGCGUCGCGUCGUGUCGUCGUGCGAGAUGAGCGAGAAGAGUGGAAGAGAUAUGAAAGCGGAUACGUGGCCGGUGUAUACGUUGCAGGCUUAUUAGAAGCUCAUCAAAGAAAGUUGACGGGGAGGGAGCGGGAAGAGGUAGUGUGGCGCGCGCGCAGGGGACACACUUGCGAACGACAACGCAAUCCGUGAGACGCGUCGUUGCGUUACGUUGAAGGACAGGCGAGCCGUCGAGGCUGAAAGCACAAAGGAGCAACGAGUGUAUACACAAACAGCAGAAUCCGGAGUUCGACCGCGGGAGGAACCAGGAGUGCGCCGAAUAAAUGACGUAAAUCCGAGGAACGGAAACGCAACGUCACUCGCUAACUCGCAAUUCCCCCUCUCCCUCCUCCGAACCUCCUCUCCCUCCCUCUUCUCUCUCUCUCUCUCUCUCUUUCUUUCUCUCCUCCCCCUCCUCUCUCUCUCUCUCUCUCUCUACCUGUCUCUCCUCGCUUUUCCACCGUCUCUCCUGCCCCGCCCUCCCCCGCCCGCCCCUUCUCGCACCUCCCCCACGCCUCCCCCUUCGGCACACCACCGCCUCUGACCCCGGAACCACUUACGAUCCACGAUCCACGCAACCGGACCCCCGCCUGCCCCCCCGCCUCUUCCCAGGCCCCGCUUACUCACGUCGCCCACUCUCGCCUUCUCUCGUGCUUACUCUCGAAAAACCUCUGCCCCCUCCCCGUCUCUCUCGUCCGCCGGAGAGACGACCCCACCGCUCCCUUUCACCUCAGCAGUGAAGCCGCAUCUCUCGUCCCUCCUUCUGCUUCUCCUUUCUCUUCCUCUUAUUCCUCUUCUUCUUAUUCCUCGAAGAGGUACAGUUCGGGUAACCCUCUUUCUUCUUCCCCUCCCUCCCAAUUCGAGAGAGAGCUACCUCGCCUCCAGAAUCAACCUUCUUCUCUUACGGCCUACCGCUACUACUAGUUACUACUAGUUACUACUACUACUACUACUACUACUACUGUUACUAUUAGUACUACUACUACCUCUUCCCGGAGUCGUCCAUCCUCGUCCUCGUAGUAGAGUGCCACGAGACACCACGCGUUAGCUUGAGAACCGGCUUGAAGGACACCACGACCGGCUUUUUGAGACGCAUAUAUAUAUAUAUAUAUAUAUACGCGUAUGUAUAUGUAACAAUAGAAAAGUCGAGCAUCGGCAGCAACAGCAGCGACAGUCAGCCUACUACAUAUAUAUAUGUAUAUAUAUAUAUAUUGUACAUCUGUAAUUAUUCGAUAAACGAAACGCGCCUAAGAGAACAGCAUACUGUACACACACGUAUACACACAUAAACACACGCAUUACUCCUCCGUGGUCGACGUUCAGCUUCUCUCUCGGAAGGCUUUCAAGCUUUUUUCGCCCAACUGUACCAUCGCUCUGCGUUGCUAAAGCGCGCGCUCCCUCUGUAAAGCUGUUCCGAGUGCAUCGCGCGAGGAUAAAAGGAGGAAUAUCGAAGGAAGGAUCGAAGGAUUUACCACUACGCCUAUUAUUAUAUAUACCUCGUCUCGUAGAGACAAAAGAGAAAGAAAAGCAGAGAAAGAGAACAACAAUAACAAACAGCAUCGCCUAAACGAAGCCUAAUAUCGCUGACAAUAUAUACAUAAAUAUAUAUACAUAUAUAUACACACACACAAAAGAGAAGGAAAAAAAAACGUACGUUUGUUUGGUUGUUGCCAACCUUUGAUACUACUCCUGUUUCACUUUCUUCUCACCAACCUCACGUGACAAUUCUUCUUCUUCUUUCGCCAAUCGCUACCGCAAAUUUCCCCCCACCCCCGUCGCCCCACCGAUCUCUCUAACCUCGCACCUCGAGGCGUCGAGACGCGAACACCUUCCCCACCUGGAGACGACUUUAAAAAGUCGGUGGCGAGGAUAGAAAGGAGGAGAGAAAAAGGAGAGAAAAAAAAGAAAGGAAAGAAAAGGAAGCUAGCUCUCUUUCUCCACGUUAACCACGCUUAACACAGCUUAACCGGCAAACAGCGCUAAGAGCCGCGCACACUGGUCUCUCACCCGACUAAACGGCUGCGAUCGAUAACGAGUGGUGUUUGAUAAAGAGCAACCGAGGCGAUAACGGUGUGUGUGUAUGUGUAUAUGAUCGUCUAAAAAUAGAGUAUAGAGAAUUGGCCGUACGUACAUUUGCCGGUGACAAUCGUAGCAAGCCUUUCACGUACACACGAACACGGGUGUUCGAUAAUAAUAAUAUUAAUAAUAAUAAUAAUAAUAAUAUUAAUACGCGACAACGAAGGUAGCGAGGCGAAUCGAAAAGAAGGAAGGAAGGAAGGAAAAUUAAGAGGAAGAGAGAGGAUUUUUCGAGAGGGUUCUGAAAACUCGGGCGAGUUGGAGAGAAGAUAAGUUCUUCGCACGGUUCUUUGCCGCGUGUUCUUUUUUUUUUUUUUUUACACCUACGUGAUUGUACGCACCACCACGGAAGAUAGAAAAGCUGGAGGCCUGAAGAUAGAGAAACUCUACACGGAAGAUAGAAAAAGAUCGAAGAUCCGCAGACUCGCCACUUGGGACCCGUUCAUGGGACAAUAAGUUACUCCUCGCUCCUACUCAAAGAAACACUUCUUGCUCGAAAAAGACGGUGCGAGUGAACGCGACCGUGAACAGGCUACGUGGGGAUCGAGAGGAAGAGGAGAGAUAAAGUUGAAAAGUCGGGUCGAGUAGCGCACCGGACUUUUGUGUUAUCCUUCGCUCGAAGAGGAAGUUAUAAGUCGCACGGUCUUCCAGGAAUUGGAAUUAUGGCAAUGGUCAACAUGAAUAACCUGCUGAACGGCAAGGACUCCCGGUGGCUGCAGCUAGAGGUUUGCAGAGAGUUCCAGCGCAACAAGUGCACCAGGCCCGACACGGAGUGCAAGUUCGCCCAUCCACCGGCUAACGUCGAGGUGCAGAACGGACGGGUCACCGCUUGCUACGACAGUAUCAAGGGCCGAUGUAAUCGGGAGAAACCCCCGUGCAAAUAUUUCCAUCCACCGCAACAUCUGAAGGACCAGCUUUUGAUAAACGGGCGCAAUCAUUUGGCCCUGAAGAACGCGCUGAUGCAGCAGAUGGGUCUCACACCGGCCCAGCCACUAGUGCCUGGCCAGGUACCAGCAGUGGAGGCACCAGCACCUCCGGCACCACACCAUCACCUUCAACAGCAAAUCCAGCAGCAACUUCUCGCUACCCACGCCUUUAUGGCGACGAAUCCGUACCUGACCGGUAUGCCGCAGGUUGGCAACACGUACAGCCCGUAUUUCGCGCCCAGCCCCAUCAUGCCAGCGAUCAUGGGGCCCGCGGACCCAACCGGAGUCGGAAGCCCGUUGGGCGUUGUCCCGCAGACGGUGGCGAUGCCGCAGAAGAUGCCACGUACCGACCGCCUCGAGGUAUGUCGCGAGUUUCAACGCGGGGCGUGCAAACGCGGCGAGACGGAGUGCCGGUUUGCGCACCCCCUCGAGACGGUGCAGGCGAACGAGGACGGCUCUGUGACGGUCUGCAUGGACGCUGUCAAGGGCCGAUGCAAUCGGGACCCCUGCCGCUAUUUCCACCCCCCUCUGCACCUUCAAGCCCACAUUAAGGCCGCACAAUCUCGGGCUAGCAUUGCGACGGCGACUAUGCCGACGAACGUAGCGGGAAUGGGCGCGUUGGCUGGCGGAGUGUCAGGAGUGCCGGCAACUGCGGUUCCCGGAGGACUUCAGAGCGCCAGUAUGGCAAGCAUCGAACUCGGCAAGAAGCGGAUGCGCGACUCCAAUGAUGAUCUGCUAAUGGUACCACGGCUUAUGCAUGAAAUGGACAUGAAGUCUGUCGGAUCGUUCUACUACGAGAACUUUGCCUUCCCAGGAAUGGUUCCGUAUAAACGACCGGCGGGCGACAAGUCCGGCAUGCCGGUCUAUCAGCCUACCGGCGCGACGACCUAUCAACAGUUAAUGCAGCUGCAGCAGCCCUUCGUGCCUGUGUCAUGUGAGUACACUGGAACACCACCCCUACCCACCCAAACCUCUAACCAAUCGGUCGUGCAACCCCCGAACGUGCAAAGCAACCACCACGCGGUGGUAGUUCAGUCCUCCUCCUCCUCCCAAGGAACCGGCGGCGCCACGGUCAAUAACUGCGCCGACGCCAACAAUGGCGUGAUGAUGGAUCCCUGCAACAACCCACCGCCACCACCUCCAACCGCCGACAAUAACAGUAACAAUAGUAACGUGAAUAACAAGCAGCCGAAUCCAACGCAGAAUCACGAUGCCGAGAACGCGCACAACUCCCCCGAAUUGAAUCACGCGAGUCCCGCGACCAUUUCGCAACAACAGCAACAACAACAGCAGCAGCAACAACAACAACAACACCAGCAACAGCAACAACAGCAGCAUCAACAGCACCAACAGCAACAGGCGCAACAGCAGCAACACCAAUUGCAGCAACAGCAUCAAUUGCAGAACCAACUGGCCCUGUCGGCCGCCAGCGUGCAACCCGCGAUGAGCCCGUUGACCUCGGUCGCAGGCCUCACCUCGAUGCCGGGCGUGGUCAUGGCCUCGAUGGCCUCGAUGACGAACGUGCCCUCGGUCACGAACAUGGUGUCCAUGGCCAACUACAACGCCACGAGCAUGGCGGGUCUAAACAUGCUCAACAGCCUGGGCAUGGCGUCCGGGUUGCCCGCGUCCCUUGACCCCGCGGCCCUCGCCAAAGAGGUCGCGCAGAAGAAUUACGCGAAAGCGAUCAAGCUCUCCCAGGCGUCCCAAUCGUACGGUAUCAAUCAGCUCACGGCGUUGAACUACACGGGCGUCGCGUUGAACAAGCAAGCGUUGGUGAACCCGGCGGCGGCUGCCGCGGCUGCUGCAGCCGCCGCGGCCGGCAACUCGACCGUAGCGAGCCUCCCCGCCACGGCCGCGACACCGAGGCCUGUCAUUCCUAAUCUGACCGGGAUUCCCGGCGCCCUCACCUCCCCCCUCUCCGCCGGGAUCUUGGCCUACUCGAGGCCACCGGCCGGGGCGCCGAUCAAUCCUUACUCGCUGAUGAGGCAACAUCAGAUCCUCCCCAAUCCUUACGUGCAGGCCGCCUCGAUACCGGCCGUUCCCGGCGCGGCGGCCGCAGCGGCGGCCGCCGUCCAGGGGAAUCCGUACGUGCAGAAUCCUUACACGGUUCUGCCGGGUGUCGCCAGCAUGCCUGGGGUGGCGGCGAGCGUGGCGGCAGCCGGUGUCCCCGGUGUCCCCCAGAUACCCCAGAUCCCGAACCCGGCGACGAUCGCGGCCCAACCGCAGGUAGCGAUUCCGGUCAGUUCCGGGGUGAUCAUGCAACCUUACAAGAAGAUGAAGACCUCGUAAACGGAGGGAGGGAGGGAGGGGAAGGGGGAGGGGGGAGUCGAAAGGGGGGGAUAUUUUUCUCGUCCCCGCCACCUUUUCUCCAUUCGUCUCUCUGCGGUUCCUUCUUCCGGGCCCUCCGCGUUUUCUCUCUUUCUCUCUCUUUUCCUGUCUCUUUCGCAGGGGAAAGUGUCCCACACGUAUAUACAUAUACAUAUAUAUAUAUAUAUAUAUAUAGACGAUGGUUGUUCGAUCGUGAUUCCUUUCCACUAGAUAGAGAUAGAUAGAUAGAUAGAUAGAUAGAUAGAUGGAUGGAUAGAUGGAUCAUGGUCGAAGAGGGAUGUGUAUCUUUUUUCUUUUUUUUUUUUUUUUUUUAUGAUGCAAAUCGUUUGUAACGUUUCUAUUUCCGUUUCGUACGAUAUAUAUAUAUAUAUAUAUAUAUAUGUAGUAUGUAGUUUGGAGGAUAGUAUAGGAUAUAUGGAAUUGGAAAUAUUGGAGAGUAAUUAGAAUCGAAAUCGUUGCCGACCUAUUUUUUGAUUUAGCGUGAUAAUCGUAUAUAAUCGUGAGAUUAGAUAGAUGGAUAGAUAUAUAUAUAUACACGUAUUAUGAUUAUAUUGAUUACAAGGAAUUGAAUAUAUGAAAGGGGAAACGUUCCUGCGUGCGAAAGAGAGAGAAGUAUAUAUAGAGCGAAACGAGAAGAAAUGAAAGGUCGAGAUAAGGGAGGAUGAGAAACGCGAACGGGCAAACGUAAACAGACAGACAAACAAACAAGUAAACAAGAGUUCCGAAAAUAGAUUCAUUUUCUAGUCAGACAUUGUCGGUUGAACAGUGCCUUAUCGACCCGAUUCCACUUGGAGCGUCAAAUGCUUACACGUGACGAAUAUAUAAUAUAUAUAGAGGAUAACGAAGACGCGAAGACUUUUUUGCGAAACUUAUUAACCUCUAAGCCCCUUCAACUUCGCCCCUUUUGUUGCGAUCGAGAGAAAAGAAGAAUAAAAAGAAAAAAAAAGUGGGAGAAAAAUAAUAAUAAACCGAGAAACGUCCACGCACGGCAAACUUUUAUCGCGUUUCUUUCUCGCGUUCUUUUUUUUUUUUUUGUUUCCCUCCUCCCCAACCUUACCACCCCCAUCCCUUUCUUCCGUGUCUUCGAAGACUUGCCAAUUUCAUCACAAUGACGAUGAUGAUGAUGAGCCAUCCAGGGAAUAAAUAUUUUUAAUAAAUCGCGACCGUGAGAUCGCGGUUCAGUUUCUUUUUAGUUGUUUAUUUCGUUUGUUUUUUUUCUUUUCUGUUCUUUAUUUUAUUUUUUAUUUUUUAACGCGCUCCAGCAGCGUCGUUGUUUUAAUUAUUAUUCCUCCUUUUUAAUCAUUAUCUAGCGUGUAAAACGUUUCCUUCGUAGUUGCGUAGAUUCUAGAAAUGAAAAAAGAAAGAAAAAAGAAGCGGAAAAGAUAAUUUCGUUGUUAAUUCCCCCCUCCACGGGGGUAGCUUCGUACGAGAGAUAUAAAGUAUAUAACGGAUAUAAGUUGUUGAAAUUUCUUCUUCAGAGUCGCCACGCGAGUUCUUCUUCUUCUUUUUUUUUUUUUUUCGUUUCGUUUCGAAUAUUGUUUUUGUUGCGACACACACCGGAAAUAUCGUUCCUCCGAUUUAUUAUUAUUAUCGUACUUUAUAUCGACGAUAUCGAUGUUUGUUCUAUAUAUAUAGUAUAUAUAUAUAUAUAUAUAUAUAUAUAUAUUACGCAUAUAAUAUAUUCUAAAUAUAUAUUUUUUAUUUUCUAACGCCAACGGAUGGACGGAUACGUUGCUCGGCCUAAAAAAAAGUCACGUCACGUGCACAAUACUCGUGCGCACGUAUGAACUUGCCUCUUUCCCACCCCCCCCCUACCUUCUCUUUUUUUUAAGUAGAAUAUUAUUAGUCCCUUUAUUUUUUUUUUUUUGUUCAGCCGUUGAAGUCCAUCUUUAGUCGGAUAUUUUCUAUCGUUAAUCGUCAACUUUUUAGAAAUUAUUAUUAUUAUCAUUAUUAUUACUAUUAUAAUUAUUAUUAUUAUUAUUAUUAUUAUUAGUUCAAAGAUCGAAUUUUAUUCCCUAUUAUUAAUAUUGUUCGUUUAUCGUUUUUCUUAAAUUUUAAUUACUUUUUAAUCGUUUUACUAUUAAAGAGAUGGAGAGGGGGAGCAGCUGGACGGGAAAAAUAGAGAAAGACAGUGAAUUGCAGACAUUUUUUUUUUUUUCCUUUACCUAGUCUUCUUCGAGAAAUAUAAUAAUUCUUCUAUAUUCGUUUCGCUUAAUCCGAUUUAGGGAUACCUUUUAGGGUUUCAAGUGUUCGGAAAUCCACGUACAAAAAAUCGUUAAAGUUUCUCCUAAAGGAUUCGUUUGUCUGAUAAAUUUAACUUUCCUAAAUAUAUAAGAACAUCUUAAGUAUAAAAAUAUUUAUAAAUUGUUUUUAUCAAUUUCAAUAUAAAUUUUGAAAAUAUAUUCCGGAGAUUGCACGAAUAAUUAUCCAAGCUUGAGGCCUUAAGGGUUGAAUAAAUCGAUCUUCAACCGAGAGACUGGUGUCAUGUCGCUGGAAUUGUCACUGGAAUUUCUACCGAUCCGACCUCUCCCACCCUUUCCAAUUAGCUUUUAGGAGAAUAUCAAUCGAGAACUAUUAUAAGUAAAAAAACGUAUGUUUCCUAGAAACAUCUCCUUGCACGCAUCGAUGAGAUUGAAAAAAAAAAUGGAAACCGUCGUCGUCGUCGUCGUGCGAUCCUUUUAAUUAAAAAAUAACGUGCAUAGAUUUUAGCGGAGAGAUUUCGUCCUAUCUCAUUUUAUCUAGUGCUAUGAUUAAUACAUACAUACAUACAUACAUACAUACAUACAUACAUAUAUAUAUACACAUAUAUAAUAAUAUAUUUAUCUAUUAGCAUGUAAUAGCGCGUGAAACCGAAAGCCGAAGGCAGCCUCAUUUUGCCCUGACACGGAUUCAAUUCGGGGGAGUUCAAAAAAAAAAAAUAAAAAUAAAAAAAAAAA